AUGUUGAAGAGGAGACACCUGUACCCAGGUGUCUGUGCUUGUUCAGGUGGCUCUGAGUGUUUAUGUGCCGGCAAAUGCAUCUCUUCCCCCAGCACUUGUGCAGUUCGGGCUCUGCCCGCAUUUCCCAGCAGAGAGCAGCAGAGCCUCGUAGCUGCUCGCAGGGCCUCGGAGUGCGGCAGCCUCCGGGACCUUCUGGCAGCACUGGCCUCCGCAAAGCACAGCCGUAAACCUUCGCUGGGCUCGCAGGCAUGCAUUGGAGAAGUGCAUGCUCCACGUGGCUCUGAAUACCUACUGUUCCUGGAAAACCUGGAGCAGUCUUGGUGCCUACAGAAAUCAGAACAGAUGUGCUCUCCUGGGAGCAAGGGGAGCCAGAUGCUGCAGACAGGUAACAUGACAAGCAACAGGUACUGCAGGACACUGCUGCAGCUUCCUGGUCCUAGUACUACCCUCGCAGAUACCAAGUGGCAUCCAUCAGGAUCCGAAUGUUCCUGUGCUGGGCAGCUGAGAAGAGAUGGCAGCGUAAACCAGAGGUGGCCUCUCUCCAGUUUCAUAAGUACUGAUGACCACAUUUUCUUCCUGUGUCUGUUGAAGGCAAUGACCACUAUAUCUGCUCCAAAACAGCUCCCCAUGGACAGAUCCAGGGAGCUUCUAAUGACAAAGAGGAAUUUGAUGUUCAUACACAAUAUGCUGGCAUGUAAACCCACCAAGGAUGACCAGAAGAAAUGGUACCUGACUGUCUUCAUAAAUUUCCUCAAGUGCCUGUUGCCUUGCACCAAGAUCCAGCAAAAGGACAUCAAGGACCUGUUCCCCAAACAAGCCAAGCAGGGGAUCUAA